AUGGCUGGCGAGGCAUCGUCACUAAAGGCAAAGCACGUUGAUGUUCACCUACUGCCUAUCAAAGACCUUGGCCGCGUCAGCAAGUUUCUAGGCACGCUUAAUGGUGACGGAGGCUACAAUAUCGAUCAGGAGGGGGUGAUUGGCAAUCUCCUGCGUACCAACGGACUUAUGGAUGCAAACUCGGUGCGCGCGUUGAUUGGUGACGACUGCUAUGACGAGAAUCUUGACGGAGUAGCGAUGCUUGGAGCGUCGAACAAGCGGUCUGGCCCAACGAUACGCGAGUUCCAGUCACUCGUGGGCAGCUUGCUAUGGGUUGCGCGCUGCAAAAAGCCCGACAUCGCCUUUGCGGGCACAGUGAGCUUGAAGGUCACGAUAGCGCCGGCGCAAAACCGUGACCAAAAAGUGUCUCGACGGGGAGCGUUUAGCGACGCUGAUUCUGCGGUCGAUAAGGCCGGACAGGAAGUCGAUGACCGGCAGCGUACUGCGCCUUCACGGCAUGGCAGUGAGUCGAGGCGCGCAUAA